AUGAAGGCAACUGGCUCACCAGUCGCUCGCGUUCUCGUGUUGCUCGCGACGGCAUGCCUCCUCUGGAAAGAAGCCGCGUGCUUCUCGGCGUCCGGCAUGAACAAGGCGUUCGCCACUUUCUAUGGCGGUAGCGACGCUUCAGGAACGAUGGGUGGGGCUUGUGGGUACGGGAACCUGUACUCGACGGGGUACGGCACGAACACGGCGGCGCUGAGCACGGCGCUGUUCAACGACGGCGCCUCGUGCGGGCAGUGCUACCGGAUCUGGUGCGACUACCAGGCGGACCCGCGGUUCUGCAUCCGCGGCACGUCCGUGACCAUCACGGCCACCAACCUGUGCCCUCCCAACUACGCGCUGCCCAACGACGAUGGCGGCUGGUGCAACCCGCCACGGCAGCACUUCGACAUGACCGAGCCCGCAUGGCUCAAGAUCGGCAUCUACCGCGGCGGCAUCGUGCCCGUCAACUACCAAAGGGUGCCGUGUGUGAAGCAAGGCGGGGUGAGGUUCACCAUCAACGGGCGCGACUACUUCGAGCUGGUGCUCAUCUCCAACGUCGGCGGCUGCGGCUCCAUGCAGUCGGCGUCGAUCAAGGGAUCGCGGACCGGGUGGAUGGCCAUGUCCAGGAACUGGGGCGUCAACUGGCAGUCCAACGCCUACCUCAACGGGCAGAGCCUGUCGUUCCAGGUCACCAGCAGCGACGGCCAGACCAAGACCUUCCUCAACGUCGCGCCCGCCGGCUGGGGGUUCGGCCAAACGUUCGCGACCUCGCAGCAGUUCUCUUAG